GUUGUCCGUGCAGCUCGGCACACAGUAGCACUUGGGUAGGCAGAGGCGGGGAGAGCAUGACACUAUAAAACUAGCAGCCCUGGUACUGCUCUCCAUCCUGCUGGUGAAGCCAGAGGAGGCUGCAGCAAGAUGAGGACCAUGGGGCUGAUCCUGGGACUGGCCCUGCUCUGCUUGCUGCACGUGGAGGCUGAGGACCUUGGGGCUGUGGCGCUGGACAAGAGCAAGAUUGCAGGGAAAUGGUACAUCAUUGCUCUGGCCUCUGACUCCAAGAGCUAUCUCCAGAAGAAGGACGAGCUGAAGAUGGCAAUGGCCACCAUCACAGUCCUGGGAGAGAGCGACUUGAAGGUCUCCUUUGCAAUUCCCACCCCUGAAGGAUGUAAGAAAUUGGAGUCCAUCUACAAGCAAACAGGCAUCCCGGGUGAAUACUACAGCUCUGACAGAGGCAAUAGAACAGCACGGGUGGUGGAUACCGAUGGAAAGACAUACGCAGUUAUCUUUGUCUCCAGAGUGAAGGAUGGGAAGACCUUGCGCAUGCUGAGGCUCUACAGCAGAACCUGGCAGGUGAGCCCCAGAAUCACAGCACUGUUCAAGAAGCUUGCGAGGGAGAAGAGCUUCACCAACGAGAUGAUCAGGAUGCUGCCCAGACAGGAUGAAUGCAGCCUCGAUGAAGUGUAGGACUUGUGGGCUGGCUGGUAGAUGCUCCUGACGGGUGAUACAAGAUCCACGCGCUGAAGCUCCAGGCUGCUGCUCCACCAUCCCUUUUCUCAGAUCACUAGGCAAGGCUCUGACAUGUCCCCUGCUCCUCCAGUGCACAGUCCCUCCUUUUUGCCAAAUAAACAGAAACUCAUCCCA